AUGCCUCCUUCCCAGGCCCCACUCUCUGCGACCCUCCCACCGCUGAUUAUGGGCACGGCAACCUUCAACUCACAGUACAACGCCGAUCCCUACGCCCUCCCAACGACAGAACUAGUCCAGCGCGCUCUCACCCGCGGUAUCCGAGCCUUUGACACAUCUCCCUACUACGGCCCGGCAGAAACCCUUCUCGGCCACGCCCUCGCAACCCCAUUUGUGCAGUCUUCCUUCCCUCGCUCCUCCUACCACCUCCUCACCAAAGUCGGUCGCAUCGCCUCCUCAACAUUCGACUACAGCCCCGCCUGGGUAAGCCACAGCGUGCGCCGCUCCCUGCAGCGCCUGCGCACGGACUACCUCGACGUCGUCUACUGUCAUGACGUGGAGUUCGUGACCCCCGCCGAAGUCCUGGGUGCGGUGCGCGAGCUGCGCCGCCUGCGCGAUGAGGAGGGGCUGCUGCGCUACGUGGGCAUCUCAGGAUAUCCGGUGGAUGUGCUGAGCGAGCUUGCGGAACUGGUGCUGCGGGAGACGGGGGAGCCGCUGGAUAUCGUGAUGUCGUAUGCGAAUUUCACGCUCCAGAAUACGCGGCUGCGGAGCCGGGCGCUGUCGCGGCUGGUUAAGGCGGGCGUUGACGUUGUGCCAAAUGCAUCGCCGUUGGGGAUGGGGCUGUUACGCAGGGAGGGUGUGCCGGUGGGUGCGAUGGGGGAUUUCCAUCCUGCGCCGGAUGCGCUGCGGCGGGUGAUCCAGCGGGCUGCGGACCUUGCGACGGAGCGUGGCGAGAAGCUGGAAGUUGUUGCCAUUCGGUUUGCGCUAGAGUCAUGGCUUAAGGCUGGAGCGAAGGCUGGAGCGCUGGGUACGCCGUUGGCGAGGACGGCGAAUGCGGACCCUGGUUUUCUUUCGGUGGCCAAUCUUGGUACGGGAAAGAGACUGGGAGUGAGCGUGAUGGGUGUCAGUAAUAUUGAAGAGUUGGAUGAGACAUUGCGCGUGUGGCAUAGUAUUCUCGAUGGCUUGGAGAACUGGAAUGAGGACGAAGAUGGCUCGGACACCGAGAGCACGCUUCAGGCCGUUGGGCCCUCCACGCCUGCCGAAAUCUCAGCUUGUGCGGUGCCUUCGUCUGCACCUCAUGCCUCUAACAUUCUGACUCCUUCCAAGGGUCUGAUCACGGACCGGGCGUGGUCCUCAGAGCGCCGCAUUCAUAUUUUGCAGUUGGCCAAGGAGAUCCGAGACGUUCUUGGCGAGGAAUGGAUGGAUUAUGCCUGGGCAAGCCCACCGGUGGGCUUCCAGAAUGAAAUCACCAGCGAACACUUGUCGACUUUGAACGAACUCGGCAUUCAACCCAGUACUACCCUUGAGGCACGCACUGGGUGUGAAGAAGAAGGGAUCCUAACACCGCCGCUCGAUGCAGAGAAGCAGCUUGCAUAA